GCUAAAACUAAAUAAAAGAAAAUUUUAAGACAAAAUUUUUGGAAAGUAAAUUUAAAUAUUUUAUCAAAAAAAUGACUUUAAUCACCUUAAUCGCCGGUUUGUUAACGCUUGGCAUUGUCGGUUAUGUGAUAUGUAAGGAUAUUGAUGAGUAUCCAACAGUAUUAUCAUUUCGAAAUUCAUUAGAAACACCUAUCGCAUCAAUGACCACCACCACUGACAUGCUUCAAAAUCAUUCACAUUCGAGAUCUCGUAGAUGGUUUCCAUUUUACACGAUUGGACGUUUUGCUAAUGAUGUCUGCACGGGAGCUAAUCUGUUGGCCGGCACGUGUGUGGUUCGUGGCGAAUGUAGUGAUAAUGGCGGAGUGGCAGCUGGUAACUGCAAUUCUGUUACUACUCAAGCUGUUUGUUGCAUAUACCAAAAAGGUUGCGGUUCAAGCACAAGCUACAACAACACCUAUUUCUAUAACUCAGGUUACCCAGGCACUUACAGCGGUGGCGGAAGUUGCUCAAUUGUUGUCUCACCCUGCGAUUCGAAUAUCUGCCAGCUCCGCAUUGAUUUCCUGUCGUUGUCUAUUGCUCCACCGAGUGGUGAUGGUUUCUGUCUAACGGAUACCCUUACUAUUACCGGUGGCGCUUCGCGUGUUCCCACGAUUUGUGGUGAAAAUAGUGGGCAACAUGUUUACGUCGAUUUUAAUGGCGAAUCUACAAUUACAAUUUCAGUGGCUACAUCUUCUGACUACACAUUCAAUCGGCAGUGGCAACUACAAAUCGCUCAAAUUGGCUGUGCAUCUGCAACACAAGGACCCUCUGGUUGCUUGCAAUACUACAUGGACACAAGCGGAACAGUAUCAAGUUUCAACUAUGACUCUGCCGCCAAUUCUCUAACAAACUCAAUUGGCGUUCCAGGCACCCGACAAAUCGCCAAUCAGCAGUAUGGCAUUUGCGUACGCAUGGGCGCAGGCAUGUGCUCGAUUACGUGGAGUCAAGUGAGCUCAGAUUCAUACUCAUUUACGCUAACUAAUGAUGUAGCCGUUGUGGAUCCAUCGCUGCUCGGCACAGCGACUGUACAAAGUCAAGAAUGCACAACUGAUUUUAUUAUCAUACCAAAUCCAACACAGAAUAGUGCCUCAUUGGCUAGCGAUCGUUUUUGUGGACUGGGGUUGGUGGACACAACGAGUUCGACUAAACCUUUUGUUCUUUAUACGGUGACGAACGGAAAUGAGGACUUGGACAUGUCAAAUCGAGGCUUUUAUUUGUCGUAUUCGCAGAAUGCGUGUCCUGUAGUCUAGCGCUAAUUUGAUUUUCUACGCUUUAAGGUGUACAUUUAAGUAGAUGACAGUAUAAUACAUUAAACUUUUCU